UAAAAACAUUAUUAUUUGAAUGUUAUUAAUUGUUAUUCUUAUUAGUUAAGCAUUUGGAGACUAAUUAAUAUUAUCAUAAAUAUUAUGGAGACAUGGUGCUCGUACUCCUCUUCAUUGUAAUUGGAAAUGCAAAGAAUUUGAAAAAGAGGGAAUGUUAAAUGGAUAUUUGACACCAACAGGAAUGAGGCAACAUUAUGUUUUAGGUUAAUGGUUAAGAAAGAGAUAUAUUGAAGAUUUGAAACUUUUGAGUUCGAUUUAUGAUGAAUCUGAAAUAUAUAUUGAGAGUACAGAUGUAAAUAGAACAAUAAUGAGUGCAUUAAGCAAUUUAUAAGGAUUAUACCCAAUAGGAACAGGUCCAAAAGUUAAUCCAAAUUUGAAUCAUUCUUAUUUACUUCCACCAAAUAAAAUUGAAUUUGAAGAUUUUGGAAAUGAAGCUAUCCCAGGAUUUCUAUAAGUAGUUCCAGUACAUGUAAGAGAAAAGAAGGCAGAUAUAUAUCUAAGAGGAUAUGAUGCUAUAGCAUGUCCUAGAAAUGAAGAAAUAAUAAACAAUAAUGUCAAUUCUAUAUUAUAUCAUGAAAUUAAUAAUAAGUCGAAGCCUUUAAUCUAAGAUUUUGCAGAAUAGAUAGGAAUCGAUGCAUCAUUAUUAGUAUAUAUAAGAAUAUCAUUUAGAAUAUUACAGAUUUAUAUGAAUAUCAGGACACUUUCGAUUCUUGCCAAUUCAAUGGAUAUCAAAUGCCAAAUUUAAAAGAAACAACUAAAUAUUAGAUGAAACUUCUUCAAUAUUUGUAUUUCUCUCUUGAACAUAACAUAGAUUUUGAGUAAUUCAAUUCAUUUAUUCAUUCUAGUUAAGCUCGUCUUUUGGCAACUCCAUUUUUUACUAAAGUAUUAGAAAAUAUGGAUAAUGUAGCCAAAAAUUAAACUAAACAUAAAUUUAGAAUCUUUUCUGCUCAUGAUACUACUGUCGAAUUAAUUUUAAAUGCUCUUAAUUUAACAACUGUUGAAUGCUUAAAAUAAGUAUAUUUCAAAGAGGAAGUUAAAAAUAAAAAUUGUAUUUAUACCUUCCCAGGUUAUGCCAGCAAUAUUAUAUUUGAAUUAUAUAGAAAGUCUGCCUAAUAUGAUUAGUAUUAUGUUUAAGUAUUGUAUAAUGGAACUUUAAUGCCAAUUUGUGGUAAUUAGUAUAAAUGCGAUUAUCAAGAAUUUGUAGAUAUUAUCGAAUUUUAAAAUGUGAAAAAUUAUGAAGAUGAAUGUUGGAUUGUAAUUAUUGAUUUUUUUAUUUUAGACUCCAAAAAGUGAAUAAUAAAUAGCAACUUGGUUAGUUGUGACUAUAAGUGUAGCAUUAACUUUAUUGCUCAUGUUUUCUCUUUGCAUUAUUUAUUUAUUAAUAAGAUAGAGAAGAUUGGACUUGUAUUCAAAAGGAGUUUAAUAAUUUGAGGCUUGA